AUGGCUGCUCGACCUCCCCCCGCGCGUCCGCACGUCGGACUCAACCCGUCUCAUCGGUUUUCUUCGUAUACCAUACCUGACUGGGCAGAGGACGAUGCUUGGGACAGCGGGUCUGACUCUGAGGCACCACAUAACUCAGGAUGGCACAACCGCUCUACCACCAGACGGGACUCAUCUGCGGCAUCUGCACCCAAACCUGUGCCCCGGCCGAAACUGAAGAGCUCCUCAUCGACACUCGCAUCCUCAUAUACCCACAUCAAUCACCCCAGUCCUAGCUCUUAUCCCGUCAAGCAGGAGGUCCAGCCACCCAAGAACGGAUGGACCAUCGUUAGAAAGUCAUCAGAUCAGCGGGGAAGUUUCGACGCCCGUGAGGUGGAAAGACCAGGAGAUGGAGGCGCGUACGAGGAUGUCGAAGGCGACAUGAUUAUUGGUGACCUAGAGCCGGAAGCCAUGGAGCAGCCUGCUGCUUCCCAUACCAAAGUGAGGCAAGACAAGAGCUCCGUCAGAGAUGAUGUCGAGGGCAUCGUCAACGAUCCGUUGCAUAUUAUCCAGCGUCGCCCGUCGAGAAAACUAUCAAAAUCACAGGUAGGGGCAGAUGCAGGCGUCCGCGCGGAGAAGCUGGAUCGCGAGCGAUCUAUCCGGACGAACAGGCGGCAGAAAUUUGUCGAGUGUGUAACCCAUGAGGACGUGAACAUGGCCCAGCUACGCAAGCUUGCGUGGAAUGGAGUGCCCAGCGAUCUGCGUCCCAUAGUGUGGCCACUACUUCUCGGAUAUCUCCCUCUCCCAGCCCCUCUGCGCGCCUCUACACUGGCAAGAAAACGACAGGAAUACCAGUCACUAGUCGAGCUUGCCUUCUCUCGCAAUCGAGAAGGUCUCGACCAGCAGAUAUGGCAUCAAAUUGAGAUAGACGUCCCUCGUACCCGGCCGGGCGUGCGCCUAUGGAUGCAGGCGGCCACACAGCGAACACCGACCGUUAUACAGAGCCUAGAGCGCAUAUUGUAUGUUUGGGCUAUACGACAUCCUGCAAGUGGAUAUGUUCAGGGCAUUAACGACCUAGCCACGCCCUUCUUUCAGGUCUUCCUCUCUGCGUAUAUCGAUUUAAAUCCUGAGGAAUUUGACCCGGCCUUGCUUCCAAAAGAAGUUCUCGAUGCUGUCGAGGCUGAUACGUUUUGGUGCCUUUCCCGUCUUCUCGACGGCAUUCAGGACAACUACAUUGCCACUCAGCCUGGAAUUCAGAGAAGCGUCAAGCGCAUGGCCGAACUUGUUGCGCGUAUCGAUGCGCCGCUGGCGGCGCAUCUGGAGGCAGAAAAUGUUGAAUUCAUGCAGUUCGCAUUCCGUUGGAUGAAUUGCUUAUUGAUGCGCGAGAUCAGUGUACAAAAUACCAUUCGCAUGUGGGAUACCUAUCUGGCCGAAGGACCAGAUGCAUUUUCUCAGUUUCAUCUAUAUGUAUGCUCCGCGUUCCUCGUUAGGUGGAGCAAGAAACUUCGUGAGAUGGAUUUCCAGGGCAUCAUUAUGUUCUUGCAAUCCCUACCCACACAAGGGUGGACAGACCAUGAGAUUGAAAUGCUUCUCAGCGAGGCAUUUGUACACUACUCAACAUGGCAUAACGCGCAGAGCCAUUUCGGCAAGUGA